AUGGUUGCAGAUCAAGAUGACAUUUGGAAAAUAAAGUGCAAUACUUCAACGAAAUUAUAUUCAAAAUCAUUCAAACAAACUUAUAUGGAUUGGAUGUAUGAGAAAUAUUUACGAAAUGAAGAACUAAAACGAAAAUUAGCAAAUACGGCGCCAUUUGGCCGACUAGCAUGUCUCAUAAGUUAUUGCCCACAAUAUCUAGUUCGACCAGUAGUAGUUGAACAUCCACUUCGACCAGUAGUUGAACAUCCACUUGAAACUGUUAAUGGUUUCAGCCGACAUCCAAAUUCUUCAAAAGACAUGACGAUCGAAUUGUCUGUCGAUAUUGACAAAACAGCCCAUCAACUCAUAUCAAUGUUGGAAAAAGUAUCCAGAUUUCAAGAUCAAUGGUACCAAUCUGCUGUAUUGAAACAAAUGAUAACAAGAUAUUAUCGAUUCAUGCAAUUGAAAGCUCUCUAUUUACCAAAUAUCUUACUCAUUCCUACACUUGAUAUUGAAAUCGUUUGGCAAACACAUUUACUUCGACCAGAAAUGUAUCGAACUGAUUGUCUCCGUUUAUUUCGUCAAGUUGUUGAUCAUUCAUUGUUAACUACAGAUAUUCAACAUUUUUUAAAAGAGCAAGCAUUUCGAGAAACAUGUCAAUUUUAUGAAGAACGAUUCGGCGAAAAAUAUUGUCAAUUACCAUCAGAUAAGAAUGAUCGAAAGUCAAUAUCGGAUGAUUUAUCUGAUGAGGACGAUUUAAUAAAUCAGUCUCAAGACGCUUAUUCGUAUUGGGAUCAAACAUUUUUCGAAUUUUCAUCGAAUCCACCAAAACAAUAUGAAAAUCCUUUUUCAUUCACUGAAGCUGAAAUCAUUCUUGAUGAUCAUUGGCUCGCUUUAUGUAAAACAUUUAUGCAUGAUUCAUUGGAACGGGUUCCUAUUCAUGGUUACUAUGGGAGAUCACGCGACUAUAUUGAUCUUGGAACUGGAACUAUGAAGCGUUUAAAAAAGUCCUACGAACGAUUUUUAUAUAUGGCAGCAAAAUAUCCACUGAAAGACAGCAAUGAUUUUGUACCACCAACCUAUGCGAUAGAUAUCAUGUGGCAUGCACAUAUGCAAGAACCAUUGAAAUAUGCAGCUGAUUGUCUUCGAUUUGUUGGUUAUAUUAUUGUUCAUGCUCCAUGGCCGAUUAUUGAGGACAAAAAAAUGAAGAAAGAGAGCGACAGAAAGGAUAACAUUUGGAAAGAAGAAUUUCAAAGUGAAAUAUCAACGGAUCAUCUCUACGAUACAAUUGAGGAAACGUAUGAUUGA